CCGUGAAUCAAGCAAAACGUCGUAGUAGUCGUAGUAGUAGUAGUAGUAGUAGUAGUAGUAGUAGUAGUAGUACUCAGCUGCAGAACAAGCAGAUGGACGUUGCUGAGCUGAAGAGACAGUUGGAGAGCGUGAUCUCUUAGCUUGCCUGCAAAGCUCUGGCACUUUUAGGAGAGGGAUUGCCCGCACAUGGUCACCAGAGUCCUGAGUGACCUAGCCACUGGGCACCGGUUCGAGAAACAUUUAAGGUUCCGGCAGAUUCCUGCAGUUUCCACAAAAAAUCACCGAGCCUUCCGCAGUGAUUCUCUGGCGCGCUCCCCCAUCAUCGGUUGAUUUUCUAUGGCCACAGUCCAUGCCGAGCCCGGUCCCCUUUCUGAGGGUCUCAGAAUUGAUGCGCGAGAACGGCGCCUACAUCUGGGGGUCAAACCUCUCUUGGUCAUCCAUUCCGGUUGAAGGAACAUCCGAAAUCUUUGGUCCGACGGGAUCAGUUGUCGGAAUGGCGAGAUCAAUGGCUUUUGCUAUGGCUUUUUGAACCGCCACGCCGAACGCUUACUGCCUCGCGUCAGCGAUGCCCUCGAGGAGACAGCGCAACCAUCUUCAGACGUGGACUCUUUGCACCAGGAUGUACACUGGCAUCACCAAGUGUUUCAAGUUCGAAGAAGGGUUGCAGAAACUCUUCCGCGGAUCGAGCCUGAAAGAACGCCAGGAGGCACGGAAGGUUGCAGAAGAGGCUGCGGCCGCUGAGUUGAGGCGGCUCUUUCCCGAGCUGUUGCUGCCCGACAGGCCGAGGAAGUCGCAGACCACGCUGGCGCUGCACUUUCGACCCUUAGGUGGCCCGCCGCUUUGCGUGACGAGCGCGGCUGAGUUGCGAGAGGCGAACCGACGUGACAGUGAGCAGAAGGAGCGAAAGACAGGAGCGAAAGAGAGGGUCCGGCCCUGUCGGCUCAGGAUCUCAGGGACAAGGUCGAUCGCCCUUCCAAUGUCUACAUCAUCAGUGACGGCGAGUCCAGCGACAGCGAGUCCGGGUGGCGAGGCUUGGCCGAGAAUCGGUCCUUGGAGUCGGCGAUUUCAGGAGCCCAAUCAGGCGACGAGGAUCGCGCGCUGCGCAAAGCCUUUGAGGAGUCGCGCAAGUCCUUGGAGUUCCUUGAAAGGGAGGUCAACGGACCAGUUGCAGAUCCCUUGGAAGAGGCCAUGGCGAGAUCCCUCUUGGAGCAGAGCUCGGAUCGCGACCUCAACCAGGCGCUGCUGGCGUCGGCCUGCGCUGCCCAGGUCGAUGACGUUUUGGCUCGGCUGCUGGACAUGGGCUUCGAGCUGCCUGUGGCCCAAGACGCCGCGGCCACCGGAGAUUUGGAAGCUGCCUUGGCCAAGCUCUGUGAUGCUGCAUGACCCCGGCCACGAAGCAAAGGGCGAAGUGGCGGGACGAGGGGUCGACCUGACCGACCCGAUCGAGAACCUCCACAUUGAGCGAGCUCCGGCGCCAUGACCGCGCUCGACGCGCGAGUCGAGCGGUGAAGCGGGUGAAGUCGAGCGGCGCGUUGACUUCGAGGGCGGUCUCAGAAGUUCUGCGUGGAGCCGAGCG